AUGCAAUUAAAAAAAUUUGUAUCAUCAUUUUUAUCAUCAUUAUUUAUAUUUAAUAUAUUUUUUAUAACUUUUGUAAUAUCUUGUAAUCAAUGUAAUAAAGUUGGGGAUCAAUGCAUAAGUAGUGACUCUUGUAUAGACUCUGCGUGUGUUUAUGCGUCAGUAGAUUAUAACAUAACAACAUCAAAAAAGACCUGUGUAAAAUAUGGUAAACUAAAUGAAAAAUGUUACGAAAAUCAAUGUGGUGAUGGACUGUUUUGCGAAUUUGAUAUAUACCCACCCAAUGAAUCGGGAACAUGCAGAAAUGCAAGAUACUCAUUAAUUGGAGAAAGAUGUACAGAAUAUAAAGAUUGUAGUAGUUUUUUUGCAAAUUGUGUAAAUGGAAAAUGUGUAUCUAAUGGUAAUAUGUGUUAUGUAAAUUUUGAUUGUCAGUAUAAUUAUUAUUGCAAUUCUACAACUUUUAUAUGCGAACCAAUGAAAACAAUUGAUCAAGAUUGUAUAGACUCUACCAAUUGCGAAUUUGGUUCAUUUUGUUCAAAGAGUACAAACAAAUGUAAGAAAUACUUUACUUUAGAAGAAAAUGAUGAAUGCGACGUUGAUUCUCAAUUCGAAUGUAAUAGUAUCACAAGUAAUUUAUAUUGUUCUUCAAAUAGUAAAUGUAAAAAAUAUAUAGAUUCAAUAGAAUGCACAGUACCAACAUAUGAUUCAAGUACGUGUAAUAGUUUUGUAAAUAAUUCAAUUUGUGGAUGUGAUAAUAAGUGUCAUUCACUAACAAAUAUAAAUAUAAAAAAUAAAAAACCAAUUGACGAUUUAUCAAAUUGCUUCAUUAAAAACAAAUGUACAUUUAUAAGAAAUAUUCAAAGCUCAAAAUCAUGUAUAUAUAAAUAUUGCUCAAGUGAAUAUUGUAACUAUUUAUCAUUGGUUAAAGGAAGUGAUAGCUAUUUUUCAGAUUGCUCAUCCGGUGAUCCGAUUCAAAGUCUACAUAUUUGCAAUAGCUCUUACAGUAGUGAAGAUAUAGAUAGCGUAAACAACUCUAUUCAAUUACAUAGCAUAACCUAUAUAACUCUAUUCAUUUUUUUAAUAGUAUUAUUAUUAUUUUAA